AUGUUAAAGCAGAUCAAUAACGCUAAAGAACGAAUAUGGAUGGAAGUUUACAUUUUCGACGAUUCUCCGCUCGCUCAAAUAUUUUGCAAAGCACUGAAAAACGCUGCUGAGCGAGGAUGCAAUGUGAUCCUACUAAUAGACUACAUUGGUUCCUUGCAUUUCCCAAAUAGCCUAAAACAGGAACUUGAGAAUUCUGGAGUAAACGUUCAGGUGUUUAAUCCACUCUCCCUAACUAAUGCCUUGGGUCCAAUAACCUUUAGAAAUCAUAAAAAAAUACUUGUAGUAGAUGAUAAUACAGCAUAUUGCGGAUCCCUGAAUAUUUCCAAGCGUGUUGUUGAUGAAGAGUUAGGUGGAGAUGGAGCAUUUUAUGAUAUACACGCCAGGGUACAUGGACCUGUUGUAUACGACCUGGCAGAAUCUUUUCUAUCCUCCCUAAGAAUGACAAACUACACCGGACCUAUCGAUGGAUUUGAGCGUCCAAAGGAAAUUGAUGGUGGCGUCCUAGUACAAGUUUUAGAAUCCAACACAAGUGGUCACAAGAAGGAUAUACAGUCAUCACUUCUUCUAGCAAUUGCACAGGCCAACAACAAUAUUUAUUUAUCAACCAGUUAUUUUAUACCCCCAGGAUCCUUAAGAAGGGCUCUACUAUCCGCAAAAGCACGAAACUUGAUGUUCCACAUGCUGUUAUCCGGAAAUUCUGACGUUUUUGGUGACAGAAAUGCAACAUUUUAUGUACUACGCAAAUUUUUCAGACGGAAAUUCGCUAGGCCAGUAAAUAAUAACUUUAAGGUAUUCAUGACAAAUUACCAUCACUAUCAUGGGAAAGUUCUGGUGGUGGAUGACCUAUGGAGUUCAAUUGGAAGCUUCAAUUGGGAUAGGCUAUCGAGCAGAAGAAAUAUGGAAGUAACCCUUGGAAUAUUCGAUCCAAAAGUUGCAUCAAAACUAAAAAGACUGCAAAUGGAAAAGGAAAAGGAAUCUACGGAAUACACUAGAAACGAUUCUAUAAAUAGAAUGAAAAUACUCAAGCUAUACGACUUUGUAGCCUAUCACAUAGCAAAAAUAUCAGGUUUUAAACAACUAUUAAAUUCCUAUUUUCCAGGAGGAAAUCUUCUUGAUGGUCUAUCAAACGAGGGUUUUAAAGUCCUAUUCAAAAAAACAUUCAUAAGAACUUUUGUCGAUCAAAAUGUUGGAGAUAUGGUACUCUUGUCAAAUCUCCCUGGAGUCUAG